AUGUCAGACCAGAACAGCACCGACGAUGGGGAGUCAGACCCCCAGCACAGCCUGUCUAUGGUCUUCCUCCUUGUCCUUGUCUUCUUCAUCAUGGGGCUGGUGGGUUUCCUGGUCUGCCAUGUCCUGAAGAAGAAGGGUUACCGGUGCCGGACUUUCCGGGACGAGCUCGACCCAGAUAACAAAGAUGUGCUGGCGGAGCUCCAGGCCAAUGAAGAGGAGGAGCUGAACGAGGACACCGUGGAGAAGAUUGUGAGAUGCAUCAUCCAAAAUGAAGCAAAUGCGGAGGCCCUCAAGGAGAUGCUGGGGGACAACGAAGGCGACAUCCCAGUGCCAGUGCCCAGCCUUUGCCCUCACCGUAACAGCCAGGAUGGGGGCCCACCACAUCACCACACAGUGCAUCUGGGCUCCACACAGGCCCCCUGCAUCCACUGCAGCAAGAGGAAGAGGCACCCACUGCAUCGGCAAGGACGGUCCAAGGAUGGUAAAGGCAGGAUGCAUCCUGGAGAGACCACUGUCUUCUCAGUGGGCAGGUUUCGUGUCACACACAUCGGGAAGAAACCCACUUUCCAUGAGCAGCAGGACGUUCCCCUGCCCGACGGCAGCCGGGAGCCAAGCACGGAGGAGCUGGAGCACAGCAGCGACCGGCUCCAGAGGGAGCGGGCUCACAAUGGGACUGUCCCCGCGGGUGGCCUGCGGAACGGAGCCGUCCAGAAGGGCGCCCAGAGCAGCAAGGGUGGGGAGCAGAGCCACUCCACUACCCCAGCCCCGAACACACCGGCCAGCUCUGGCACUCGCGACAGCAGGCGGGCGGGCAAGGGGUCCGGCGUGGCAGGCUCGCUGCAGGAUGCCGGCACCGCUCCUGGGAGCGUGAGCCGCCAGAGGAAGCUCCUGAGCCAUCGGGUGCUGGGAGGGUCAAGUCCCAGCAUCCCGGGAGAGCUGGUGCAGGAAGGAGCCAGCAUCUGCCUGGAGGAGACCGGACUGGGGUCAGCAGAUGAAGUGUCGGAUAUUCACGGGAGCCUGAGUCUGCAUGAACAGGCUGACGAGUUGGGAAGAGACGGCAGCAGCAGAAAACAGCCCGGAGUGGAGGACAUGGUGCAGCAGGAGCCCAUCACCGCGGUGCAGGACCGAGGAGCAACCGUGUGA